AUGUUGAUGCGCAGUAUGAAAAACAACAAUACAACGAAGAAUGGCCGAUUGGAGUCUCGUGACUGCCACCACCUGAGCCAUUUGUCGCGUAACGUCUUACGAGCGCGACGCGGGGUCGUGCGUAUGUUGAUCGUCGUCGUGCUGACCUUCGCCAUCUGCAACCUGCCGUUCCACGCGCGCAAGAUGUGGCAGUACUGGUCCAGCGGUUACGAGGGCACCAGCGACUUCAGCACUUUACUCACGCCUCUUACUUUCCUGAUCACAUACUUCAACUCAGGCAUUAACCCGCUCUUGUACGCUUUCCUUUCAAAGAAUUUCCGGAAAGGCAUGAGGGAGCUGCUCUUCUGCAACUUUCACGGGAAAAGGAAAAGCGAGAACAUGAUCGUUCUCAACUCGGUCGGAGUCGGGUUACGGAGGAGCUCGACGCGGUCUACUCGUGCCAACUGCAGCACUGUCACGAUGGCGCCAAACGGGGACUCAUGA